ACUCCCGCGCCGCUCGCCUCCCACGCAGCCCGGCGCUCGGCCGCCAUGUACCCGGCCGGGGGAGCCGCCCCCGGGGCCGCCGCGGGGCCCGUUCUUACAACAUCUCCAUCACUGCCACCUCCGAUGCAGGCCUAUGCAUUUAAACCUCCCCCUCGACCUGAUUUCGGUACUUCGGGAAGAACAAUCAAACUGCAAGCCAAUUUCUUUGAAAUGGACAUCCCCAAAAUGGACAUCUACCAUUACGAAUUGGAUAUAAAGCCUGAGAAAUGUCCUAGAAGAGUGAACAGAGAAAUAGUUGAGCACAUGGUGCAGCACUUUAAAGCCCAGAUCUUUGGAGAUCGCAAGCCAGUAUUUGACGGGAGAAAAAAUCUCUACACCGCAAUGCCGCUUCCAAUAGGGAGAGAUAAACAGGUGGAAUUGGAGGUCACGUUGCCAGGAGAAGGGAAGGAUCGAAUAUUCAAGGUAGCCAUCAAGUGGAUGUCGGUUGUGAGCCUUCAGGCAUUGCACGACGCUCUCUCCGGUCGUCUUCCAAGUGUUCCUUUCGAAACCAUUCAAGCUCUUGAUGUGGUGAUGAGGCACCUGCCCUCUAUGAGAUAUACCCCAGUGGGCCGAUCUUUUUUUACUGCAUCCGAAGGAUGUUCGAAUCCUCUGGGAGGUGGCAGAGAAGUCUGGUUUGGAUUCCAUCAGUCAGUCAGGCCUUCCCUGUGGAAAAUGAUGCUGAACAUCGACGUCUCUGCGACAGCGUUUUAUAAGGCCCAGCCAGUGAUCGAAUUUGUAUGUGAAGUUCUUGAUUUCAAAAGUAUUGAAGAACAACAGAAACCUCUGACAGAUUCCCAAAGGGUUAAGUUUACCAAAGAAAUUAAAGGUCUUAAGGUGGAAAUCACUCACUGUGGACAGAUGAAAAGAAAAUACCGAGUAUGCAACGUUACGAGAAGACCAGCAAGUCACCAAACAUUUCCUCUUCAGCAGGAGAGUGGCCAGACUGUUGAAUGCACUGUAGCUCAAUAUUUUAAGGACAGGCACAAAUUGGUGUUACGCUACCCUCACCUCCCAUGUUUACAAGUUGGACAGGAGCAGAAACACACGUACCUUCCCUUAGAGGUAUGCAAUAUAGUUGCAGGACAGAGAUGUAUUAAGAAGCUGACAGACAAUCAAACUUCUACUAUGAUUAGAGCCACGGCGAGAUCAGCCCCAGAUCGUCAGGAAGAGAUCAGCAAAUUGAUGCGAAGCGCAAGUUUUAAUACUGACCCGUUCGUUCGUGAGUUUGGAAUCAUGGUCAAAGAUGAAAUGACGGAUGUCACGGGGAGGGUGUUACAGCCACCUUCGAUUCUCUACGGAGGCCGGAACAAAGCAAUUGCGACCCCAGUGCAGGGGGUCUGGGAUAUGAGGAAUAAACAGUUUCAUACUGGAAUUGAAAUCAAGGUCUGGGCCAUUGCGUGUUUCGCGCCCCAACGCCAGUGCACUGAAGUCCAUCUAAAAACCUUCACGGAACAACUGAGGAAAAUAUCCAGAGAUGCAGGAAUGCCCAUCCAAGGUCAACCUUGUUUCUGUAAAUAUGCCCAGGGAGCGGACAGUGUGGAACCCAUGUUCCGUCACCUGAAGAACACCUAUUCUGGUCUGCAGCUUGUGGUUGUCAUUCUACCUGGGAAAACUCCUGUUUAUGCCGAAGUGAAGCGUGUCGGUGACACCGUGCUGGGAAUGGCCACACAGUGUGUGCAGAUGAAAAAUGUGCAAAGGACUACCCCACAGACACUUUCCAACCUGUGCUUAAAGAUCAAUGUCAAAUUAGGAGGAGUUAAUAACAUUUUAUUGCCACAAGGAAGGCCUCCGGUAUUUCAACAGCCUGUCAUCUUCCUUGGUGCUGACGUCACUCAUCCACCAGCUGGAGAUGGGAAAAAGCCAUCUAUUGCUGCUGUUGUAGGCAGCAUGGAUGCCCAUCCGAACCGCUACUGUGCCACUGUGAGAGUCCAGCAGCACCGCCAAGAAAUAAUUCAAGACUUGGCUGCCAUGGUUAGGGAGCUGCUGAUCCAGUUUUACAAAUCAACUCGAUUCAAGCCAACGCGGAUCAUUUUCUAUAGAGACGGUGUUUCCGAGGGGCAGUUUCAACAGGUUCUUCAUCAUGAAUUGCUGGCUAUCCGAGAAGCCUGCAUUAAGCUAGAAAAAGAUUACCAGCCAGGGAUUACGUUCAUUGUGGUGCAGAAGAGGCAUCACACCAGGCUCUUUUGCACCGACAAAAAUGAAAGAGUUGGGAAAAGUGGAAACAUUCCAGCAGGCACCACUGUGGACACAAAAAUCACCCACCCUUCGGAGUUUGACUUCUAUCUGUGUAGUCAUGCUGGUAUUCAGGGCACAAGCAGACCAUCUCAUUACCACGUUCUCUGGGAUGACAAUCGCUUCUCUUCAGACGAACUCCAGAUCCUCACUUACCAACUAUGUCAUACCUACGUCCGGUGUACUCGAUCUGUUUCCAUCCCUGCGCCAGCCUACUAUGCACACCUGGUGGCCUUCAGAGCCAGGUAUCAUUUGGUGGAUAAAGAGCACGACAGCGCCGAAGGGAGCCACACUUCUGGGCAGAGCAACGGGCGCGAUCACCAAGCUCUCGCGAAAGCUGUCCAGGUCCACCAAGAUACUUUGCGCACCAUGUACUUUGCUUGACCUCUGGCCGUGUUGAGGAACUCAGUUCUGAGUUGGAUUCACAAGAGACCAGCUGCACUUAGACCAACAGUUGCCCGAGCUACCGCAACAGCCAGCAAAGGAGUGAUGCAUCUUUAUUUUUUAAAUUUUUUGGGGGGUGGGGGGGAAAGGAGGGGCUGAUGAUGAUUACGAUGAUGAUGAUGAUGAUGAUUGUGAUUCUAUUUGCAAGAAAGCUUUUCAUCCAGAAUUUCAGACUUGAGGGUACAAAAAGAAUUGCACAGCUUUUAAGACAUGUGGAUAUGCCAAAAUCAAAAGCUGCUUGUUGGGAGAAACGAAAA